CACGUUUCACAACACUGCCAAGCGCCGUUACUCAAAGUAGGCUUUGUUAAACAUUUUUGCCGGUCAAGUUAACAUAAAAUGCUCGAAUUUAAAAUACAAUCACUCAUUUUCUAAAGAAGUUGGCCUAUAAAUAUUUGUCCCGACAUUGAAGAAUUGGACUCUUACAUUUAGAACAAAGCAAUAUUAUAAAUAAAACGACGAUGACAUCUUACCGUAAUCUCGUAAACAAAGGCACUGAUCCGGAUUCCAUUGCCGCUCGGCUUCGGGAGCGCUACGGAAAUCUCACGGCUCCAUCGGUAAAGCAAGUAACCAUUAUCAGAAAGUCGAUAUCGAAAUCAUUCCAUUCCUUGCCGCUUACCGAUCUGGAGGCCGAGCAACAGGAGUACCUUGAGUUCGAGAAGGAUUUGAACAACAUCCGUGACCUUAAUGAGAAGAUCAAUGUUCAGAUCCAGUCGGAGGGCCAGCCAAAGCUGAAGUAUGAUCUGCCCGAGGGCUACAAGAGCAGCAGGCUCUGCAUCUGCAUGCGUCCGCACACAGCUUACGAGUGCGAUCGUUGCCAUCAGUACAUACACGGUCGUAUCGCUGAGGUUUGCGAGAAACAUCCCGCAGAAUUUUUUCUGAUGGACCUCCGAUCCUGUCCUUAUUGUAAAGCCCCGGUCGAUAUGAUUAAGAAGGCGCCAAUCAGCUGGGAGGAUAUUCGAAAAAUUGAAGACGCUGACCUUCCCUUUGAUGAGGAUCUCUAAAAAUUAGAGUUUGAGACUCAAUUGCUUGUUACAUGUUACAUUAUUUAAUGUAAAACUAACUAUAUAAUAUAAUAUAAUACUCCCAGUUAUAAAUUCCUUAUGGGAGUUGAUUUAGUA